CUCUUGUUGGUUUGCAUUCGAUCCGUCUCUAUGCGAGUUUGACUUAUGUGGGUGCAGAUUGGUGUGAUUAUUUGCUAUGUGAUGGAUUCGAGAUACGUUGUGCAGUGAAAUUGCGUGUUUGAGUUUGUUCGUGUCUCGUGUGGAGUGCCUCGUGGACUUUGACAUUUUCUUUCUCGGCUGCUUUGUCUUAUUUGAGAGGGAGAUGAAGAAUCAUCUGCUUCCGGUGUUCAUGGUCAUUAUGGAGAAAUCGAUUAUAGUAGUUAGAAAUAAGGCUUGCGAGGAGUCUCAUUGAAACCAAAAAAAAGUAUAGGCCUGCCUAUAAAGGACUAGAAAUUCCUUGCUUACGUCUGAAUGAUUUUUUCUUCCCUCGGGGCUACAUACUUAAGAGCAAAUCUCACCCACCGAUCAACUCGUUGACUAGGUGAGACACGAGCCAAAGCUCACGUGGGUUGCCCAAAUAUGAGACUCUUUGCACCUGAUGUUAUAGGAAGCCCGAUUCACGCAAGUGCACGAGAAAGAACAUUAGCCACUAUCGGAUUUAACCAUCAUGGUUUCUGUCAAAGACAGGUGUAUGACGUGACUAAAUUUUUGGAGGACCAUCCUGGUGGUGACGCAGUGUUGCUGUCCGCCACAGGGAAGGAUGCCACUGAUGAUUUCGAGGACGUUGGACAUAGUAGCACCGCUAAAGCAAUGAUGGAUGAGUUCUAUGUCGGUGAGAUUGAUACAUCAACUGUUCUCAACAAGACCAAAUACACUCCUCCUAAGCAGCCUCACUACAACCAGGACAAAACUCCCAAGUUCAUAAAACUUCUUCAGUUUCUAGUCCCUCUCCUAAUCUUGGGUUUGGCUGUUGGCAUCCGUUUCUAUACAAAUUCAACUUAACAUUUGAAAGCUCUUGAAGGAAAUUGUACUUUAAGAAUAAGUGAUACUAAUCAUCAUUCUCUCCUCAAAAUUAUCCUUAAUUUGAUGGUCUUGGUUGUGAUUUUAUGUCCUCGAUUCCCUUCCUGCAAGUUCUUUUCUAAAAGAUCAGCGAUUCUUGCUUUUGAUGUCGAGUAUUGUAUUGCAAUGAAGAAUUAUAUUUUCCUCUAUUUUUGGCUGCUUCAUCGUGUUUUGUCUUA